AUGAAUCCUGAUAUUAAGGAUCAGAAUGAUGAAAAUGACGAUUUUAAGGCUAUUGAGACUCUAUUAAAAACAUAUAGAUCACAUAACUACAUCGAAAAAAAAAAGGCCAUAAAGAGCAAUGCAUUCCAACAUCCCUAUAAUAUUAAGAAGAGUUUAGGUGACACACUUGGAGAUAUAGUUAUCAAUUUGAUACCUAAAGAAGAUUUGAUACAAAUGAAGGAAAUCGAAAAAGUACCACUACAUUUCGAGGUUACGGCGAAAAAUGUACUAUCAAACAACAUAAAACUGACGCCAGCCGUUACAGACGAUGAUACUACGGAAUUAAACUUUAAUACAAUAAUGCGCGUCGGUGAUCGUCUCAAGAGACAAGCUGAAAUUAAACUAAAUGAUGAACAUGACAAAGCACUACAAAGACAAGUUGAACGUUUAAUAGCAGACAAAAAUAAGACUUUGAACGAGAAAAUUAGACCCAUGGAAAGAUCAAUAUACGAAAAAAACUUAUCUGUGAUUAUGGAAGAAUUCGACAAUAGCAAAAUCGCUGUAACUCAAUCUAUUUCUAUUGUUUAA